AUGUCUAAUUCUAGAGAUGGGGAGAUAAAGUUGUUUGGGAGGACAAUUACUUCUACUUUCCAUGUGAAUCAUUGUGAUCCGUCGUCGCUGUCCUCUUUUCACGGUGUCUCCGAUCAGAGCAAGGAGGCUUCUUCGUCUUCCUCUUCUUCUUGUUCUCACACGGCUGGACCAGAUAGGGUUCUUGCUAAUAAAAUCACUCAAGACAAAAGCAGAUUAAUCAAAGAUCCUUACAUCUUAUCCGAUCUUAACGAACCGCCAAAAGCAGCCUCAGAGAUUUCAUCACCAAGAAGCUCUUCCAAGACCAACGGCGAUCAACAGAGCGAGAUCACAACAACAAGUACAUCAGAAGACAAACCAACAACUCUCAAGAAACCGGACAAGAUUCUUCCGUGCCCUAGAUGCGAGAGCGCAAACACCAAAUUCUGUUACUACAACAACUACAACGUGAACCAGCCUCGUUACUUCUGCAGGAACUGUCAGAGGUAUUGGACAGCUGGAGGAUCCAUGAGAAGCGUCCCCGUAGGCUCAGGUCGACGCAAGAACAAAGGAUGGGCUUCUUCAAACCAUUACUUGCAAGUCACUUCUGAGGAUUACGAUAACAACAGCAACAACAACAACAACUCGGGAACGAUCCUUAGCUUCGGUUCUUCAGAAUCUUCCGUUACCGAGACUGGUAAGCAUCAGUCAGGAGAUACAAAGAUAACCGCUGAUUCAGCUUCUCAAGAACACAAAACCCAACAGAGGUUUCUUGCGCCGCAAGCAUUGUCUCCUUGGCCUUACCAAUGGAGUCCAACGGGUCCUACUGCUAACUUCUACCCUAUCCCUUUCUAUUGGGGCUGCACGGUUCCUGUAUGGCCUACCUCAGAGACUUCACCAUGUUUAGGGAAACGAUCAAGAGACCAAACUGAAGGAGGAGGAACAAAAGAUACUACUACAAGAGCAAGAUUGGUUUCAGAAUCUCUUAGAAUCAAUAAUGAAGCAAAACCGGAGAAAAAAACGCAAGGGUUCAGUUUGUUCAAUGGAUUUGAAACAAAGGGUAGCAACAGAAGAAGUUUGGUCCCUGAAACGUCUAUCCAUCUACAAGCAAACCCUGCAGCGAUGUCUAGAUCUAUGAGCUUCAGGGAGAGCAUGCAACAAUAA